AUGCGAGCGACCAAUGAAGAUCAUCUGGGGGAUGCAUUGGUCGCAGUCACUCUCGCACAGACUGCAGUGGAAUUUUGUAUCGAUGAUGACUUCGACACAUGGUACUACAAACUUCAAUAUUGUAAAGCUCGGAACUUAGCCCACGAGCUAAGCCUGAACCAGGAUCGGACAAAUGAUGUACUCGCUAUGCUUGAUCAGUUGCUUGUCAACCCUCCGGAUCAAAUGGCUAUGCAUCUUGGCCGAAGCGCCAAGGCCCAUGCUUUGAAAGUACUCUACAAAUGGACAGGAGACAAAAGCUUCGUCGAGGAAUUUACCAACAGCUUUUUCGGCAUCAACACUUGUCAAACCGAAAUGGCCAAAACCUAUGUUGCUCAAAGCUGCGGGGAGAGCUACUCUGCACUCUUUGAUCGAGGUAGUAGUGAUGUCAAGCUUGCUAUUGCACAGGGAUUCUUCAGGGUUGCCUUGCAACAUUUUCACAAUGUUCAUGCACCCGGUACACAUCCGUAUGAAUCUCUGCUACAUGGUCUUUAUAGAUCGGCAGCUAUACGUAUGUUCUUGAUAACCCAUGGGCUUCCGCACAUCGAAGCCGCAAAAAACUCCUUUCGCUCGGCAUUGCAACUCAUGGGGCCAGCAAGUAUUCUUCGCACGAAGACGAUCAUUGGAUUUGUGUCGUCUGUUCAGCUGAGUGCUAUGAUUCAACCACAGACUAAUUUGAGGAAUGCACGAGAUCUUGUUGUAGCAUUGGGGGCUUUGAAAGCGGAAAUGAAAAGAUCAGACACAAGAACCUUACACCGCCGCAAAUUCUCUUAUCUUCUUCAAAAGAUUUAUAAAGCUUCGGUGGCGUUUGGAUUGCAAAGCCAGGAAGCAGAAUCCGCCACCACCGCCGAGAAUGGGUACAGCCAAGAACUCGCACUCGAAUUUUUGGCGGACCCUGACAAGCUAGCAGUGAAUAUGAAUGGUAUUAUGGACAGUGUCUGGGAAUGGAAAACCUUCAGCAACGAGAACUAUGCUUCGUACAAGUCACUCGCGUUACGAAUUGAACAUGUGGUAAUGGAUCCACCCCCGAAGAGUAAGAGCUGGAAACCAAGCAACAAGCUAUAUCUGAGUCGCUGCCGUUCUACUACUCAAGAUCUUCUUUUCUCGUUACGAAAAAGAUCUAGGACUCGAGGCAACCCGUGUGUGCAUAAGAAUACUGGUUAA